AUGAAUAAUAGAUUUGAGAAUUCUUAAGACCAUGAUUUAGAUAUGUGUGGCAUUUCAAGAUCAUACUCAUAAACAAAAUUACCUAAUCUUAACAAUCAUAAUAAAGAUAAAUUAAAAAAUGAGUUUGUAUAAUAUAUAUUAAUCAUAAGGUGGAUAAACAGUUAUUGUAAAGAAAGGAUUAUGAAGAUCUUGGAGGUUCUAUUUAACUUAAUAAUUUAAAUAUUUUGGGAUUGAAGGAUUACUACUCUGGAGCAUGUGAUAAUAAUAAUUAAGAAAUCUAACUCACAAAAAUAGAAGAAACUAAUGAUUGUAUACAAAUAGAAACACAAUAAAAUGAACCAUUUAAUAAUACUCUAGAUUAAUUAGGUCAAAAAUUGAAUGAAGUGAUAGGACAAUAUCUCUGUGAACUUACCUCUUAGUCUAGAUUAUCUUUGGAUUCAUUUUCCCUUUAGAACAGUGAAAAUUUAGAUGAAGAACAACAAUAACAGAUUUUAGAUCUUGAAUUAAAUGUCAUUAGAUAGCGUAUUUAUAAGGUAAUAUUUUUUAUUUAAAUUAGCAAAUCGUUGAUAAGAUCAACCUAUCUGUUAUAUAAUCAGUUUAAUCAAUAGGAACUUCUAGUUAACUUACAUCAUAAUCAAAUUAUAUUUCUACAUGCGUUUCAAAAGAACUUUUAAAUAACAGUACUACUUAAUUUUCCUAAAUUUCAUAAAAAUCACCCCCUAAAUCACUUACUCAUUCUCUAUUAGAUUUAUAAUCACAACUUUAUCAAAGUGCACAAUAAGCUUAAGCUAGACCUAAUAAAAAAGUUGAUGAAUUACCUUUUAAUAAUUUAGAUUGUGAAGGUACAAAAGAAGAGUUACAAAAUAAACUAAAGAUUUCCAUAUAAUUAAAUUAUUAAUAGUCUUAAAUAAACAGUCAAUUAAGAGAAGAAUUAUAAAAAUAUGAAGUAUAUUAAUUUGAUUAUACCUUUUAGAAAAUGAAUUAACCAGAUUCAAUAUAAGAGGAUGAAAUACUUACUUUAUAAUAAGAGAUCCAAAAUUUGAGACUGGAAAAUGCUAAACUAAAAGAGUCUUAAUCAAAUAGACUAUGCGAAAAAUGUAAAGAUAGUAUAUGA